AGUGAGAACAGAUCCAGGCUUCCAGUGACGACAGCCUCAUUAUGCGUUUAUAAGAGCGCCUGUCUGAUCUCACCAGCAUCUAGUUGGAGAAGAUUCAGCCAGACAACACUUUGGAAGUGAGCAGAUAGUCAUUCUGGAUCUACAGUCUGGAGCUGACACUUAAUAUGAAAGUGCCCCAAUGGAACUAAAUUCAACAAACAUCUGCAACGACACAGUCGCCUGGACAUGGCUGUCAUCUCUCCAGCCUCCGUUCUUGGCUCUUAUCAGCAUCCUGGGAGUGUUGGGCAACAGUCUGGUCCUCUGUGUGUUCUGCCUCCAGCGGAAGCCGUGCAGCGUGGCUGAUGUGUAUCUGGGCAACCUGGCAGCUGCAGACCUCAUUAUGGUCCUGUGUUUGCCCUUCUGGACGGUCACCAUCGCCCAAGGCUUUCAGUGGAACUUCAGUCAGCUGCUCUGCAAGGUAAUCUGCACCGCCAUCUCCAUGAACUACUACUGCAGCGUACUGUUCCUCACGCUGGUCAGCGUGGACCGCUACCUCGCCUUGGCCAAACCCAUGAACCCCAGUAAGCUGAGAUGCCCCAAACGGGCCAAGCGUAUCUGUGCGGUGAUCUGGAUGGUGGGAUUGGUGCUCAGCCUCCCGACUCUGGUCUUCCGAAGAGUACGCUUCUUCCCGUUCAUAGGGGUGGAUGCCUGUUAUCUAGAGUACCCACAUCCGGCCUGGGUUCUCCAACGGAACAUCACCACAAACGUCGUCGGGUUCCUGCUUCCGCUGCCCAUCAUUUCCCUUUGCACGUUUCAUGUGGUCAAAGCGCUUAAAAACCGCGGCCUCGUGAUUCAACCGAGGGUUCAAACGGAGAGGAAAGCCGCUAAGCUGGUUCUGACGGUCCUCGCCGUGUUUCUCCUGUGCUGGACGCCCUUUCAGCUGGUGCGGUUCCUAGACACCCUUGACUACUUUCGGCUCAUUCCUGGGUGCCUCUGGGAGAAUAUAUUGCAAAUUAGCAACGAGCUGGCUACUUAUUUAGGGUACAGCAAUAGUGCAAUAAACCCUUUUUUGUAUGUUAUCGUAGGGAGCCACUUCAGGAAGAGAGCUCAUGGAGUUUUUCAAGGUCUUUUGUGCUCCAGACGCAAGAGCAAUUCCUCGGUGCACUUAAAUGUUACUGUUAUUAGCAAGUGCGGUGACAGCCCUAAAGAUAACAGAAUAACACCGCUGGCUCUGAGAGCUGUAUAUCCACCCAUCAAACCUCAUAUGGUGUGUAGAUAGUUGAUGAAGAUGAAGAAGAUCGGUUUGAUUAGUAUUUUGACGGUCCUUCAACAGGCAUUCUGACUAUAAGUGACUUUGCAGGUACCCAGGGCCAACUUUUUCUACUAACCCUGACUAUAAUCUAGCAAUUCUCUAACUAGAGUUAGUUGUAGAUUCAAAGUUACUUAAUAUGGUCUACAGAAUAGGGACCAUCAAAAUAAAGCGGAACCGUUUGAUUCCCAGGAGACAGAAUACCUCUUAAUUGUCUGAUUGUGCAAUCUUUUUUUUUUCUUUCCUUGCAUAUGAAGAGUUUACUUGCAAAAACAUCUAACUUAAUAAAUAUCUAAAUAUAUAUAUAAAAAAAACAAUUAUCCUUAUUAUUUAUACGUAAUCACCCAACUGCAGGUUAAUUGGUAUUAAUUAAAAUGCACAAUAAAAAACCUAUCUGUGAAAAAAUGUAAAAUGAUAAAUGUUUUUGCAAUUCGUGUUUUCGUCUUUGUUGAAGUGUAGAAAGAAUGAGUUAUGAGAACCAUGGAACUGGUGGAAUAGUUUUGUGAGCUGUCAUAUGUCAAAGAUUGUUUAUGAUUUUGCACUAAAAUACUUCUGUAUAUUUUGUGAUUUUCUGUAUGUUGUAUAUUUGAUUUGAAUGGUAUUAUUGUUAUCUUUUACUGUUUCUUAAAACAUUGAAUUCCCACUGCUGUAUUAUUAUUAUUAUUUUUUACAGAACCAAAUGAUUCAAAACCAAAGACUGUGAGCCAUGCUUAUUUUUUUAGUUAUUUUAUGCAUUUUUUAACAUUACACAAUGUAUUUCUUUAUGAACAUGUAUAUUUAUGUAUUUAUGUAUAUAUGUGCUGUAAUACCUCACUUUGCUGUUGAUGUAGCUGCUUGAACAUUUUAA